UCGAAAUCAUUACUGCAUAUCGCACGUGCGAAGUAAAUAUGUCUGAUGUCUGCUAGAAUUGAGGUUAGGUCAAUCCACUUUGCCAGAACCAUGUAUCGGCGAAUAAAUUUCCUUUUAAAGGAUUUCUAUAGACGACCGACCUGGAAUUGCCGUUUGUGUUCAACAGCUCCGCGAGCGACGGAUGAGAGGGACCCUAGAUCCUUCUUCUUCGACCAACACGUGCAGAAAUUAUUGAAGACUUUGACUCGCAUCGAUUACGAAAAGGUUUUUGCGACACGCAGGGAUGAAACCCGAUUGAAAAUUCCAGAGUUCAAAUUUAUGACGGACGAGGAAUUGGCGAAGGCGCGAGAAGAAAUAGGAAAGAAAGCCAACAGGCGUAUUCAGAUGCCACCCGUUGUGAAAAUAAGACCGAAAGAACCAAAAGUACUGGUCAAAGAGCCUGAACUGCAAGGGUGCGGAAGAUCCAAUCUUGUGUUUACAGAUAUAUCUUUUGGGAAAAGCAAUCGGAACAGAAUAAUCGUGGUUCGAGAGACCAAUGGUACGUUGAGACACGCAAAUUCUAGCGAGAGGCACAGGAUGAAUCAAAUAUACUUUCCUAUAACUGGUAGAGAGAUGCACACGCCGCAAAUGUUCUUCAAUCCGUACUUGAAAGAUCUAUUGGAUCAGGGAGAGUUUGAGUUCAUCCUGGAUAGAGCGUGCCUGCAGUUUGAACCGGACGACCCAGAGUAUCACAGGGUUACGAAAGAAGUGUAUUCUUACGUGAAUAAAUUAAGGAAAUUUGAUGGGUUGCGAUCUACGAGGCAUUUUGGUCCGUUGGUGUUUCAGCUUGCUUGGGAGAAUAACAUCGACACCUUGUUGAUGGAACUGAUGGAAAGUGAAAACAUAGAGGAGGCAGGACAGUUGGUGCGACUUUAUCACAAGCUUCACCCUGAUGCGAAAUCGGGCCAAGGAAAGAUAAGAAACGAGUUGCAGUUGGUCAAGCUUUACGUUGAACUGGAUUCGUCAGAUCGACACAUGUUGUCUGGCGUUCUAUUGAAGUACGAGAAAAUGUACAGAGAGAAACAGAGGAUAGAGAGGGGUAUAAUGAAAGCACACGGAUUGAUCGACGAUCAGAACGAAAAAUCGGAAACGUGAACGACCGUUGUAACUCGCUAGGCCCUAGGAUUAGGUUAGUCCCUGUCACUCAUUAUUUUGUACAAAAUACAAAUUUCCAUUUACGAAUAAAUGAUGACUUUCGUCAGAGAGUCAAACAAUC